AUGAGUCGUGGAUUUUCAGAAAACAAUAACUUUCCGUAUGACAACAAUCAAAUGGUUUUGGAUAUGAUCCUGUGUUCCCUAAUUGGUGUUCCUCAGCCUAUCAACUGGGACAGCGUGGCAAGGCUAGUUCCAGGAUAUACAUCCAAAGAGUGUGCAAAAAGGUUUGAUGAACUAAAAAGCAGUGGAAGUUCACCUGUUGACAACCAGUAUAAUCCCCUGAUGGCCGCUGGUGGGAGUCCUGUGGAAACUUUAGCUACGUACAUCAAAUCCUCCUUGCUCGAUACACAGACAGAGUUUCAGGAGCCUGCUAUUGGGCAGGAUUCCAUUACUAUAACUGGAAGGGCCAGCACAACCUCCACAAGGAAUUGUUCUUCAGAAUCUGAGAAAGGUCCUGUGCAUAAAGGCGGAGAAAGCACUGACGAAAGCCAGGGGCCAAAUAUGGUGAUCCAUGUGUGCGAUGAAGCUAAAAACCUCAAAGAAGAUUUUGUUUGUCCUCGAGACCUUUUGAUUUCAGAAAUGAAAUACUUUGCUGAAUAUCUGUCAGUGGAUGCCCAGCGCUGGGAAGAGGUGGACAUUUCAGUGCACUGUGACGUUCACAUCUUUGACUGGUUGAUAAGAUACGUUAAAAGGAACACUAAAGAUUCUGAAGCUAAUGAAAUGCCCACUUUAGAACCAUCAAAUGUCAUAUCAAUUCUUAUUUCUUCUGAGUUUUUGAAGAUGGAUUCAUUAGUAGAAAAAUGCAUUCAUUAUUGUCACAAAAAUAUGAAUGCUAUUGUAGCCACGCCAUGUAACAUGAAUUGUAUCAAUGCUAAUCUUGUCACGCACAUUGCUGAUCUCUUCACACACAAUGAAGUAGAAGAGUUGAAGGACAAAAGGGACAAAUUUAAGAGUAAACUUUUCUGCAAGAAGAUUGAGAGACUGUUUGAUCCAGAGUACCUAAAUCCAGAUUCUCGAGGAAAUGCAGCAACAUUAUACAGGUGUUGUUUAUGUAAAAAGCUGCUAACUAAAGAAACUGAAAGAAGAAUUCCUUGUGUACCAGGAAAAAUCAACAUAGAUCAACAUGGGAAUAUUGUCUAUGUUCAUAUAAGAGACAAAACCUGGGAAGUCCAUGAGUACUUAAUUUGCCUUCAUGAGGAGUUGAAAUCUUGGCGGGAUGUUUAUUGGCGCCUUUGGGGGACUGUCAAUUGGUUGACCUGCGUGACAGUGUGUUACCAGGGCUGUGAAGUGAGGGAUCACAUGGUUGACUUACCUUCACGAAAUGAAGAUGGGGAUGCUUUGCCAUCUCAGACUACUAAAAUAUUGAAUGAUCUGCUUCAUCAUAGAGGUGUUAUUGUUGUUCCUUUCACUAAGGAUGAGAAUAGUGACUCUGGUAUUGGGCUCUGUGAUGAAAAAGGCAUUGAAUGUGAUGUGCUUGUAGAACCAAAUACGCCAUGGGGUCCCAAAACCGGAGAAAUCAAUGCUUUUCUUUCUCUGAAGAACUGGACUUUACAGCUGAAACAGCAGUCAUUGUUAUCUGAAGAAGAGGAGUAUACCACUGGCUCAGAGGUCACUGAGGAUGAAGUGGGGGAUGAAGAAGAAGUAUGCAGGAAACCAGGAAGAAAGGAGAAAUUAAAGAAAUCCUACAAGCACCCGAAGAAAGUGAUUUCUUCACCUAGCGUUCAGAAAAAGGAGAAGCCAUCUGACAAGUCAAGUUCCCGAGAUGCAUCUCCGUUCAUUGUGAGUAUGCAGCAGAACAAAUGGGAUGCCUCCAGGUCACUAAGAUUCAACCAAGAUGCUCAAAGAGAAGAUGAUCAGAGAAGAAUGUCUGAGAUUACAGGGCACUUAAUAAAAAUGAGACUGGGAGACCUUGAUCGAGUCAAGUCAAAAGACAGCAAAGAAUAUGCAGGAGGCAUUUAUUCUAGACUUGAAGCUCAGAUAAAGGCCUCAGCGCAGGUCAGUGCACGACAAAACAAUGCCGAGAAGAUUGCCAGGUCAAAAUCCCGUUUUGGUCAAGGCCGUCCAACAUAAGGACUCAUGAAAAAACUUUAGCCAGA